AGUUAUUGCUUUGAAAAUAAAUCGCUCUGUGAGAUUGAGAUUCCGAUACGGCGGACAAAGCAAUUUGAUAAACCUAGGGUUCCGAUUAUGACAGCGGCGGAAUCAAUCGCCGCAUCGAUUAACCAAAUUGAUGAGAAGAAACAAAAUCUGAAGAAAGCUUUUGAUGAUCUCCAAGCUUAUCGAUCUCUCCUUUCACCGUCUUUUAACCUCUCAUGGUCUGAGAUUGACUCUCACUUUUCUUCUCUCCAGUCUUCACUGUUUAACCGCUUUCGUCUCCUCCAAUCAGCCGCGACUACUUCCAAUUCUGAUAAAAUUGAAGCAUCCACGGCGGAUACGACGGAGACACCGCUCCUUUGGCCGGAAUUGAGAAAGUUUUGUAAGAAGAAUGACGGAAAAGGUUUGGGUAACUACAUGAUUGAUAAUUUGAAGAAGCGGUUAUCGAUCUAUCUAGAACUUCCUGAUGCGAUUCGAUGCUCAGAGAAUCCAGCAGCUUUGGUUCUAGACGCAAUCGAAGGUUCUUACCAUUGCUCUUCCUCUUCCUCGGCGAGAGUGAUCGAUGUGAGAAGGAUCUUCGUUUUGUUAUUAGAAGCUUUGAUUGAGAUCAAUGCGAAUCUUACGAAUGAUUUGAGAGAAAGAGCUAGGACUCUUGCUUAUGAUUGGAAACCUAAUAUAGGUAACAAACCAUCAGAAGCGUUAGGGUUUUUGCAUUUGGUUGCAGCUUUUGAAUUGGGGUCUUUGUUUAGUAAUGAGGAGAUUUGUGAUUACAUUUUCUUGAUCUCUAAGUAUAAACAAGCAACAACGAUCUGUAGGAAGAUUGGUUUAGAUAGAAAUCGAAUCGGACUUCUCGUUCAGAAGUUCUUGGAUACUGGGAGAUUACUUGUUGCUAUCAAAUUCAUUUAUGAGUUUGAGAUGACUGGUGAAUUUGAACCAGUUUCGAUUUUGGAAACUAGUUUGAAGAACUCUAGAGAAGCUGCUAAGAGAGUUUGCGCCGAAGGGAAUUACUCUCUCAAGGCGCAGAACGAAGCUACUGAUAAAGAGCUAAGUGCUUUGAGAGCAGUGAUUAAAGUCGUGAAAGAGAAAAACAUCGAGUCCGAGUUUUCUGAAGAGAAACUCGAAGAAUGUGUUAAGGAGUUGGAGGAUCAGAAAGCUAAGAGGAAGCGUGCCACUAAGUUAAACUCACCUGCUAAUCCUCAACAACCACAACAGCAAAAGGUUGAUAAGAAGCGUCCUCGAGUUGCUAAUGGUUCAAUUAUGGAAUAUAAUUUGAGAGUCCCACCUCUGAGUCAGCAACAACCUCUUUUGCCUAAUCCUAGCCAGAGUUUACAAGUGAACCCAUAUGGUCUCUUGAGCUCAAUAUUACCUGGUGUUGCUGUCCCAUAUGGCAAUCCAUUGGCUCUAUUUGGCUCGGUUCCAGCUCCAGCUCCUCGACCAGUCUUUUAUGAGCAGCAAACUGGUUAUGGUAGAUAUGGUAUGCCACCACCUCAGUACCACCCACCUUUCUACCCUCAGUAGCAAUCUCCUUUGGUAAGAUUUAUUAUACGAAUGCAAGCGAUACUGAGAGGAUUUCUGGUCGAAGAUGUCUAUGCUCUGUGUUUUGAGUAAAUUUCGAAAGCUUGACAUAGAUAACACUCAAUAGAUAUAGUCGCUACUUUUGUGAUAAUAUAAGAGCAAAUUGAUC